GGCAGCACCCGAGAGGACGGCAGGAGCGAGAGCCGAGCCGCGAGCGUCGGACGCGGGCCCGGGAGGCGCGCUCGGGCCGCGGCGCUGCCGGGCGGGGACCUCCCAGCGAGCCUCGGAGGAGACGCAGCGGCCGGUGCAUGGACGGCGCGCGAUUCCCCACCGGCCCCGCGGCCGGGCCGGCGGGCAACUCCAGCCCCUGGUGGCCCCCGGCCGGUGCCAACGCCAGCCGCGAGGCCGAGCAGCCCGGCGCUGACGACGCGCCGCCGCCGCAGGAGGACGCGCGCAACGAGGAGCUGGCCAAGCUGGAGGUGGCCGUGCUGGCCGUGACUUUCGUGGUGGCCGUGCUGGGCAACAGCACCGUGCUGCUGGCCCUGCGCCGCACGCCGCGCAAGACGUCCCGCAUGCACCUCUUCAUCCGCCACCUGAGCCUGGCCGACCUGGCCGUCGCCUUCUUCCAGGUGCUGCCGCAGCUGUGCUGGGACAUCACCUACCGCUUCCGCGGCCCCGACGGGCUGUGCCGCGUGGUGAAGCACCUGCAGGUCUUCGGCAUGUUCGCGUCCUCCUACAUGCUCGUGGUCAUGACCGCCGACCGCUACAUCGCCGUGUGCCACCCGCUGAAGACGCUGCAGCAGCCCGCGCGCCGCUCGCGCGUCAUGAUCGCGGCCGCCUGGGCGCUGAGCUUCGUGCUGAGCACGCCGCAGCUCUUCAUCUUCUCCAUGGUCGAGGUGAACAACGUCACCCAGACCUACGACUGCUGGGCCACCUUUAUCCAGCCCUGGGGGCCCCGCGCCUACGUGACCUGGAUGACGGGCGGCAUCUUCCUGGUGCCCGUGGUCAUCCUGGGCACCUGCUACGGCUUCAUCUGCUACCACAUCUGGCGCAACGUGCGCGGGAAGACGGCGUCGCGCCGCGGCGGCCCGGGCGCCGGGGGCGCGGGGGGCACCGGGAGCGCGGGGGGCGCCUUCCGCAAGGGGCUCCUGCAGGCGCCCUGUGUCAGCAGCGUUAAGACCGUCUCCCGCGCCAAGAUCCGCACGGUCAAGAUGACCUUGGUGAUUGUGACCGCUUACAUCCUUUGCUGGGCGCCCUUUUUCAUCACCCAGAUGUGGUCUGUCUGGGACGAGAAGUUCGAGUGGGUCGAGUCAGAAAACCCAGCGAUUACCAUCACUGCGUUAUUGGCUUCCUUGAAUAGUUGCUGUAAUCCCUGGAUAUACAUGUUUUUUAGUGGCCAUCUCCUGCAAGACUGUGUCCAAAGCUUCCCGUGUUGCCAAAACUUGAGGCAAAAAUUCAACAAAGAAGAUUCUGACAGUAUGAGCAGAAGACAGACUUCUUACACUAACAACCGAAGUCCAACAAAUAGUGUGGGUACAUGGAAGGACUCACCUAAAUCUUCAAAGUCCAUCAAAUUCAUCCCGGUUUCAACCUGAAAUCUCACUGUCUUACAGGAUGACUUUUAUAGAGGACUUUUGGCCCAUACACGAAAGCCAGUUAGGAAAUAACUAGUGAACCUGUAUGAGAUAAUCCUAAAUCAAUUCACUGAGUACAAGAUCAUGUUUAUACAUUAUGACCAAAACCUAUGAAUUAUUUUAUAUGAAAUGUUAAUAAAAUCAUAUGUUAUGUUAUUUUAUGUUAAAAUUUCCAGGCCUGAUUCCCAGAACUAUAACAGAAGUUAUCUUGCUAAAGAAAAUAUUCUAGUCACCCAGAAUUGUAUUUUGUUUUUGGCUUAUUUUUCCAAAUACCUAUGGCUUGAUUGGUUUAUAAAGUAGUAGCAUUUCUAUAAUAAAGGGAAGGCAUCAUUAGCCUUAAGUUGAAAUGAAUUAGAAGAGUUUUUUUUUUCUUUUUGGGUCACACCCAGUGAUGCUCAGGGGUUACUCCUGCCUUUGCACUGAGGAAUUACUUCUGGCGGUGCUCAGGGGACCAUAUGGGAUGCUGGGAAUUGAACCCAGGUAGGCUUCGUGCAAGGCAAAUGCCCUACCCGCUGUGCUAUUGCUCCAGCCCCACGAAUUAGAGAGUUUUAAGAGAAACUAUGUUCCUGUUCAAUAAAAUUUAUGUACGCCCCAGAAAAUGUAGCCUCAAAGAAUAGCCUUAAUAAGGUAACUGCUCUGGAGAGACAUAUUAGAGUUUAUUGAGACAAUUAGUGCUUGAGGGAUUAGGUCAGAGUAUAAAGAAGAAAGUUCAGUUAUAAGUCAUCUAAAUUGCAAAAUAAUACCUUUAGAAUUGGCAGUGCCCUCCUUCAAUUUUCUCAUCUUUUUGUUGGCUAUGAAAAGCAUCAUUCCUAAGAUGCUGAAGGUUAUCGAAAAUGUCCAUUAACCAAUAAUAUUUUUCUUCUCCCACUGGAAUUUCCAUUUAAGGUUAUAGUUAUAUGAAGUCAUAAAUACCCUCUUUUAUUAGAAGAGAAAAAGUUUUGUCAAUAUACUAUGUCAACUUUCUCUACAACACUGUAAUAAAAACAGUGUAUGUUUUUGUAAUAAAAUAGUGUUUAUUUCAUACAAUUGUUUUUGGGUAGCCUGUGCUAUACUGGAUUUUUAGCACAAUCAUUACUUAAUUUUAGAGGAAUACAUAUUCACAAAUAAGAGAAUCUCCUAAGGAUUGACUGAAUAUAUACGAUGAUCCCUUGUGUUUAAUUAAAAAUACUUUGUUAUUUCCUUCUGGUUUCUAUCCCAUCUACCAGUUUCCUGGAGAGGAGAGGAAGGGCUAGAAGUGGGGUAGGAAUGAAGAAAGAUAGGGAUGCUUCCUGCAUUAAUAAUGCAUGAUUUUAUGCAGAUUAUGUAAAAACACAAAAGCCUUGACAUUUUUUUUUAACUUUAAAAUGGAGUUGAUAACACCUCAUGGGAUUCUUGUGAAGAGUAUCUAAAAUCAAGUGUGUGAAAAUAGCUUUCAAUACUGUAUGUAUACUAGCAGCUGCUUUUCUUAUGGUCUUAAGGGUCUUCAAAAUUGCACAACUUUUUCACUUUAGUGCACUGCACUGUCGUCCUGUUAUUCAUCGAUUUGUUUGAGCAGGCACCAGUAACGUCUCCAUUGUGAGACUUCUUGUUAUUGUUUUUGGCAUAUCGAAUAUGCCGCAGGUAGCUUGCAAGGCUCUGCCAUGCGGGCAGGAUACUCUCGGUAGCUUGCCGGGCUCUCUGAGAGGGAUGGAGGAAUUGAACCCAGGUCGGCCACGUGCAAGGCAAACGCCCUACCUGCUGUGCUAUCGCUCCAGUCCUUUUUACUUUAUAUUAACCAUAAUUUGUUUAUUUCAAUUAUGAAUAGAAACUCCUAUGUAUUUCAAAAUAAUGCUGUUGAUUUUUUUGCAACGCAUGGAGAAUAGCUUCAAUUAGACCGAAUUCUGAUUUCAAACAGAAAGACUGAAUACUUCUGCUUUCUAAAUUUUCCCAAUUUAAUGUUGGAAUAGGCUUCCUUUGGAAUGUAGGUAAAUAAAAGUCCAGUCAAGUCCAUCAAUUUCUUUCGUUCCCAAACGGAUAAAUUACAACACUCCUUGGCAUUUUAAACUGCAUUUUUCAUUAGUUGGAACACUUUGGAUUUUCUCCAGCUACUUUGUCUGGCUCCUUCUCCUUUGUAGAGAAGUUGCGAAGAUUUAUAGGUAGGUCAUAAAUAUUUUCUAUCUCUUAGAGGAAGUAUUAGCAACUUUAGCGUUGCUAUUGGUUCUUUCUUCAAAUUUUCUAGAUAAGGGAGUGAUGUUUGGAUGAGAGGGUGAGAACUUAGAGCCAUCAUCCUCACUCCUUUUCAUUGUCUUAUCUUCUCCAAUUCUCAUCCUUCUACUCCUUAGACCGAUAGGCUUAAAAAAAUGCUUGCAAAUGUUUUAUAGAGAUUAAACCUAAGGUUUUAGAAUUCUGCUUUCUAAAGAUAGCUUUUUCAAAUGCUAUUUUUCAAUGUGAGUCAUCAAUUAAUUACUUCUUCAUUAUUUGAGUCACAGAAUCAUCUCAGUAGCCUUGCCCUUGGUAACACUAUCAGCCAAUUUGAAAGCUUCUCUCUGCUGUUCAAAAACUAAACGUUUUGGGAAUGGAACAAAGAUGAGUCCAAUUUUUGCUAAAUCCAAUUCCAAAAUAACCUAGUGAUUCUUUUAUGGAUUGUUUCAAACUAUUGAGUUAUACUCCCAGGGGAAACUAUUCUGUUUGAAUCUUAUUUCUCAGAAUUGUCUCUCAAAUACAGUGCAUCGCAACUUACCCACUUGUAAUCUCUCCCUUUAAAUAUCUGAGCAGACAAGAGAACAGGAAAGUGUGAAAAAAAGCUGGAGAGACACUGAAAAACCUGAAGGCUGUUUCUGCACCGAGCGUGUUGUAUGCUCUUAGUCUCUGAUGUCUAAAUCUAAAUCUCAGAAGCUUAACCUAUCUAGUGGCUAAACUUUCUACAUGUUUUGAACCCAGAGAUAGCAUGCAUGUAUUUCAAAAGAAUAUUUCAAACUGCAAGGUUAGAAGAUGCCUGUGUGUUUUUGUCUAUUUCAGAAGAUAGGAAAUUGUUGACAGUAAGGAAGAAGGUUAUGCUGAAUGGGAAGAUUUCCUUUUCAUGACUAAAGAGAAGAUCUGAGAUAUUUCAUGAAAUACUCAUGACAACAAAAAAUUAAUAUUUUGUUCCCAACAAUUAUCUGUUGAAAUAUAUCACAAAUACACCGUAUUAUUUUAUCUAUGUGGGUAGAGAGAAUAUGGUUGAAAAAGACUCUACCAGUGGUAUUGUCUAUAGGGAAUUUGGUAAAUAAUGAUUGAUGGUGAAAAAGAAACAUUUUAAAGCACAUAUUGUGUACUUGUUAACUUUUGGAUGUGUAUUUAGUGUAAUAUAACUAAGAUUUUACAGCAAAAUUUAAUUUGAAACAUAUCUGAAAAAAGUAAGUGUAAUUUUUUUUUUUACAAAUUGUGUACUAGUUCUGCAGAGUUUCUAGAACAAUCAAAAAAUAUUAUGCCACAAGUGAUGGGAGUAUGUGUUUUUUAAAGAGAGAAAAAUAUCAGUCUCAGUAGCAUACAGUUUCCUCCCAAAUUUAUUAAAUUUCUUAGAAUGGACUAGUAAUGGUGGUAAGAAACACAACUUUAAUUCGUGUGUGACUUUCACACAAAUGUCAUAGGCCAUUAGUUAAAUCUUUUGCAUAUUUUUGUUUUGAGUGUCCACACCCAGCAGUGCUCAGGGCUUCCUCCUAAUCCUGCCAUUUGGAAAUUACUCCUGGCGAGCCUCAAGGGACCCUUCCUGGUGCCAGUGAUCGAACCCGGUGGGUUGCGAACAAGGCAAGCAUUUUCCCUGUUGUACUAUCAUUCCAGCCCCAAAUCUCUUGUUUUUUUUUUUGAGUGAAAACAUACAUUUGGGCAAUGUGGUUGGACAUUCCAAGCUUUGAACUGUUACCUCUGAGCCACUGAAACAUAAUGAGAAGUCAACGAAGGAGACUGCGCCUAACCCUCAACAGACUCCUUUAAGCCCACACCAAAGUGCGUCCCCUGCUUUUUUAAUACUGGCCGCCUCGGUCUAGGCAGGAACUCUGGUGAUGCAGAAGAAACAAUGCGCCCUUGACCUCUACCCACUCUCACUGGCAACAAUCAGAAUUCACACGGGAUCGUAAUUAGAAUUAAUGCUAGAGCAAUUAGGAGUAACACUGGAUCACAAAUAUUAGAGGACGAUUCUUAAUUGCAGUUCAAGUGAAAAUUUCAGGACUAUUCUUAAGUAAAAUUAUUUUCUGUGAGAUUCCAUUGCGUAAAUAGGCAUUUAAGAAAUAAUCUAGUUUUUUAAGUACACUCAAUUGUCAUGAAUAAAACAUUGCCAGCUGUAUUAAAUUGACAUAAAAAUAUAUUCUCUAGAUAAAAUAUUAAGUCUAAUUUUUUCAUAUAUAUAUGUGAAAUGUGUCUUGAAUUUUUGUAUAUAGAUAUGUAUGCCUAUCAACCUUUUAGAUAUAUCUCAUAUGUAUGCAUUAUAUAUUUUUACCUUGAUUCAUAUUCUAAAUGAAAGCAAAAUAUUAUGGAGCGAAUUAAAAUAUUUUUAUGUUCCAAGGUCAGAUUAGCAAAUUCAGACAAGAAAAUCUGAAAAUAGAUCUAUAGUGAUAUAGUAACUAAUACAUUUUAUUAGUAGUAAAAAAUAGCGUAUCAUACAGUAAGUUAAAUGUAUUUAUAUUACAUAGUAUGGCUUAAUAUAUCCUAUGUUGCUUUAGCUAUUAUUACAACAAAUUCAUAAGAAUUAAUGCUGCAUAUUUAACAUUGUAUUUUGGAACUGUUUUUCAAAAUUUUCUCUAUCACGUAGGCUUAUUAUGCUAUGUAAAAGAAUUUGAAUAUGUUUUCUUGGAUAUUUGUCUGGUUCUGGCUUUGCUGAUGUACUUCAUCAAAGUAUAUUCUUUGUGACUGUGUCUAAUAAUUAAGGCUUUAUAGAAAAUGCGAUAAUGUAUUAAAAUAACUGAUAUAUCUAUUCCUCGAUUUUAAUGUAUAUUGGAUUGAUUCUGUAAAUAAAAGUACAUAUCAAGUUUUUUGAAA